CUAGGAGAACUGGGACGACAGCAGCGGCGGGCGACGGGGAACGGGGAACCCCUGUACUGUAUUUCGUCGACCUUUGCCAUGGCGUCGUCGAUGAUGAGUUCUCGCGCGGGCGCGGCGGCGGCCGGAGGAGGAGAACACCGCCGUCAGCACGUCACCGUGGCGUGCGGUGGGCUGACGCGGCCGAGUACCAGGCCCGUGCCGGGCGCAGCUGGCCCACGGCCCGGGACGCCGAGGCCGCGGGGACCUGCUGCAGCUGCGGGCGGCUCUUCGUCUUCGUCGCCGACGGGGCGCGCGGGGCCGGAGUGCAACUGGUGGGGCGCUGCCGCGCGGCAGCAGGCGACGCCGAGGCGGACGAGGAGCGCCAGGGCCGCGGGCGCGCGCGUGCCCACGGGCAAGGGGAACCGCGAGCUGGUGAGACGGGCGCUCACGCCGCCCGCCGCGCGCGGCCGUGGCCGUGGCCGCGCCGGAGGAGCCGUCCUCCUGAGGAGGUGGAGCUUCCGGCCCGCGCCCAGCCGCCUGCGCAACGCGUCGUCGCUCUCCUCGCAGUCCCCUGACUCGCCGCGGCCACGUCCGUCGUGAUCGACCGUCGCGACCGGAUUCUUUGAUUCGUUGUUUUGUGGGAAAGAAAUCUUUGGUCUGCACUGCAGUUUGUAAAAUGUUUUGUUUAAACGCAGUUUAGAAUUUUGACCAGCUGUACGUAGUGAAAAUGGUCGAUUGUAUGACAUGUAACAAUCGCUUCAUGCAAAUGCUUCCAUCCGGA